CGACAAUUUAGGGCGGAUCUGCAAGCUGUACAUCACUUCUUAUUAUUAUUAGUUAUGCAUCUUUCAUUCACAAACAAACCACGCCAUCAGAAAAGAAUAUCAUCUUCUAUCUUCACAACCACGAUCUGUUACGAACAAUCAAAGGUUAUCUUUGACCUUGUACAUCUCUUUUAUUCUUUCCGGAAGUCAUUGGAGUAAACGCUUUGUGCACUCGGAAGGAUCUAGAAUCUGUCUCUCAAUUUGGCUUGGACAUUACACGAUAGCAAAGAGGCGCAAUCACAUGCAGCUUUGGUGACAGGUUUCGCCUUUCGUUUUUCGACUCUUUUGAUCGCCCUAGAGGCAGGCAAUCAUUCAAAAACUGUAAAGUAAAAAUCGUAACAGGACUCUUCCAUCUUUCAACACUUCCAACUCUAUACCUUCUCAUCAUGCGGUAUACAUCAAAUAUAAUAAAGCUGGCAUGCUCGAUCUCCGUCGCACUCUGUCUCACGUCUACAGCUUUAGCCCACAACGCAGUCAUUGGUCAGCGACCGCAUAAAAGAGAGUAUGAUUCACAUCACUACUACGCAUUGGAAAUACGAUCAACGCAUAAUCACAUCGAUCCAAGGGAUGCUGCCAAUGCUUUGGGCGUUGAAUUGGUCGAUAGAGUCGGUGAACUAGCAGAUCAUUGGUUGGUUCGUAGCGAAAAGCCACUAUCUAUUGAUGCCACCACCAACCUACAAAAACGGUCACAUUUGAGCUCAUCAGAAGAUCCAGUCCUACAACGAUGGAGCUUGCUUAGCAGAGCGGUCACGACACCUUCUUUGGCAAAACGUGCGUCGAUUGAAGAUCAUCAUAUUCAUGCUGCAAGAGCAAUUCGAUCGCUCGAAAGACAAGAAUUACGACAACGCUACAAACGUGAUAAAAUUAUUUCGCCUUGGGAUACACCAGAACUGUUCCCUCAAAUUCGUGAUCCUAUUCCCGUACCAGGACCUAAUCCUUAUCCGGAACCGCUUCCUGCACCCCCAAAAAUCAUCAGCGACAAAAUCGCCAAAGUGAAAGAUCUCUUUUCAAUCAAUGACCCAAUCUUCCCUAAUCAGUGGCACUUGAUCAACGAUAAGAAGGAGAAUUGGGACUUGAACGUGACCGGAGUAUGGCAGCAAGGCGUGACUGGAAAAGGUGUAAACGUUUGUUUGAUUGAUGAUGGAGUGGAUCACAAAAGUCCAGACUUAAAGGAUAAUUUCUUUGCUGGUGGUUCAUACGAUUUUAACGCACAUACUGAUUUGCCUGAACCAAGGUUGUCAGAUGAUCAACAUGGAACAAGGUGUGCUGGUGAAAUCGCUGCAAUGAAAAAUGAUGUUUGCGGAGUGGGAGUCGCAUACAAUGCGCAUGUUUCUGGUGUCCGCAUUCUAUCCGGACCAAUUACAGAUGUCGAUGAAGCAGCUGCUUUGAAUUAUGGCUAUCAAGACAAUCACAUUUACUCGUGCAGUUGGGGUCCUCCAGAUGAUGGGCGCAGUAUGGACGCUCCAAAAGGUUUGAUUGCGAAAGCUAUCUUGAACGGUGCACAAAAUGGACGCGAUGGCAAAGGCAGUAUUUUCGUCUUUGCAGGAGGAAAUGGUGGUGCAUCGGAUGAUCAAUGUAACUUUGAUGGUUACACCAACAGUAUCUAUAGUAUGACAAUUGCUGCUGUUGAUCGGGAAUCCUUGCAUCCAUAUUAUUCGGAAAUGUGUUCGGCUAUCAUUGCCUCCGGCUGGAGUUCCGGUUCGGGAGAUCACAUUCAUACCACAGAUGUCGCCUGGAAUGGCGUCAAUCGAUGCACAACAAGUCAUGGAGGUACAAGUGCAGCAGCACCUUUGGUUGCUGGUGUGAUUGCUUUGGCACUUGAAGUUCGUCCCGAUUUGACUUGGCGUGAUAUGCAACACAUUGCUGUCCGCUCUGCUGUUAUGAUCAACCCGCAAGAUCCAGAUUGGCAAAAGACGCAAGCAGGACGUCAUUUCAACCAUAAAUUCGGUUAUGGUGUGAUUGAUGCAUAUCAAUUCGUUGAAGAAGCCCGCCGUCACAAGCUCGUUAAACCACAAGCAUGGAUGGAAGGUAAGAAUGUUACCAUCCCCAAAGAUGAAUCUCUCAUGACAAAUUCGGGUGUCAAAAGCACCUUUGAGGUGACCGAACAGAUGCUAAAGGAUGCAAACGUGGAAUCAUUAGAGCACGUUACUGUUCGAGUAUGGAUCACUCAUGAUCGUAGAGGAGACUGUAAUAUCGUUUUGACCAGUCCACAUGGAACAAGAAGUGUUUUGGCACGUCCGCGUCGCUAUGACGAUGCUACGACUGGUUUCCCUGGUUGGGGCUUCUCAACAUUGAAGCAUUGGGAUGAAUCAGCUAUUGGUACUUGGACGAUGGAAGUGUUUGAUCGCGCUAAUCCUGAUAAGGUUGGUAAUUUCUGGGCAUGGUCAAUGACUUUGUGGGGAGCUGCGAUUGAUUCGAGUAAGGCAGUGGCAUGGAACUUCCCCACAGAUAGUGUCGAAUAUCACGAGACUUUGGCCGCUGCACCGGCAACAACGAUUAUUCACAAACCACCAGGACAAUUGACCAAGCCUACAGAUCAUCUUCCAUCGGACCAUGGUACUGCACCUGGCGAAUCUCACCAAGGAUUCACCAAUCCUGAAGCUGAUACAGGUUAUAUCAAAGGACUCAAGAAGAACUCUACUUGGCUAUUUGCUGCUUCAGGUAUUGUGUUCAUCUUUGUCGGUUCGAUGGUGGCAUUCUUUAUUAUCCGCAACAGGCGCCACAGACGUGAUGCGGCUGCAGAAGCGUAUGAAUUCGUACCUGGAGAAGAUGACGAUGAUGAUGAUAAUCUACCUAUGGCACGUCUUGAACGUGGAGUCGUUAACAGUCAUGGAAAGAAGAGAAGCAAGCGAACAAAGGAGCUAUACGAUGCAUUCGGUGAAGGAAGUAGUCAAGAUGAAGAAGAAGACGAUGAACAAGGAUUACUAUCUUCGCGAAACAACAAAGAUAAAACUGGAGCAUAUCACGAUGACCCAGACGAUGAAGAAACCGAUGCAAGAUUUGCAAUCGAAGAUGAGAAUGAGCCAAAGAGUGCUGAACCUCAUGCGCAAAAGACAAAAGAAGGUAAUUUGUUAUUCGAUGCUUCUAAUGAAGAAGAACAAAGUAGCGAUGGAAAUAGCUGGCAGGAUGUCCACAAAGAAGGAUGAUUUUUCCUACCUCAUUCUGUACGUUUAUUUACAAUUGCAAAUUUAUAUUUUCACACAUG